AUGGGCAAGAAACGUGUUCUAGUUGGUUAUGGUGUCGAUAUUGAUGCAGUUGCGGGCUGGCUGGGCUCAUACGGCGGUGAGGAUAGUGUGAGCGAUAUCAGCCGUGGAUUAUGGGCCGGCCAUGUUGGAACAACGAGGCUGCUCAAACUGUUCGAUAAAUACAAUAUCAAGGCCUCUUGGUUCAUCCCCGGCCAUUCACUAGAGACUUUUCCCGAAGAAUGCGCGCAGGUCCGCGAUGCCGGCCACGAGAUCGGCCUACAUGGUUAUUCUCAUGAGAAUCCGGCGAGCAUGACGAAGGAGCAACAGCGAGAUAUUCUCGACAAGACUUAUAAGAUGAUCCGUGAUUUCUGUGGCAAGCCCCCCAGAGGCGUUGUAGCACCGUGGUGGGAGUCUAGCGCGGAGAUGGUCGAGCUUUUGCUUGAUUAUGGCAUUGAAUACGAUCACUCCAUGUCGCAUGAGGACUGUCAGAUGUAUUGGCUGAGAACCGGAGACUCGUGGACGAAGAUCAACUACAAAGAGAAGGCGGAGACAUGGAUGAAGCCUUUGGUUCGGGGUGAGACCACUGGGCUGGUGGAAAUCCCCGGCAGUUGGUAUAUUGACGACCUACCACCCAUGAUGUUUAUCAAGAAUUCUGCAAACAGUCAUGGAUGGGUUAAUCCACGCGAUAUUGAAGAUAUUUGGAAGGAUCAUUUUGAUUAUUUCUACCGCGAAUACGACGAAUUCGUGUUUCCAAUGACCAUCCACCCCGAUGUGUCUGGCCGGCCUCAUGUUCUCCUUAUGCACGAACGGCUCAUUGAGUAUAUCAACAAACAUGAAGGGGUAGAGUGGGUGACAUUCGAACAGAUGUGUGAUGAGUUCAAGAAGAAGAAUCAACCUCCUCCAGGCGCAAAGCUACCUGUUGUGAAUCCUGCCAUAUAG